CAGCCUAUAGUAGCACAUUGGAAAGCUAGAGAGAAUGAAUAAUGCAGAGGCUGUGUUGUAGUUGAUUUGGGGGAUUUGUGCCAUCUGUCCACAGGGUUACUGGGUUGAAUGGAAUUGGGUUGGCAGCAGCAGGGCGGGUGUCUGGAUGGUUCUUGUUUGGCUGCUACUGUCUGGAUGGUUCUGGUCUGGAUGGUUCUGGUUCGGCUGCUACUGUCUGGAUGGUUCUGGUUUGGCUGCUACUGUCUGGAUGGUUCUGGUUCGGCUGCUACUGUCUGGAUGGAUCUGGGUCGGCUGCUACUGUCUGGAUGGUUCUUGUUCGGCUGCUACUGUCUGGAUGGUUCUUGUUCGGCUGCUACUGUCUGGAUGGUUCUGGUUCGGCUGCUACUGUCUGGAUGGUUCUGGUUCGGCUGCUACUGUCUGGAUGGUUCUGGUUCGGCUGCUACUGUCUGGAUGGUUCUGGUUCGGCUGCUACUGUCUGGAUGGUUCUGGUUCGGCUGCUACUGUCUGGAUGGUUCUGGUUUGGCUGCUACUGUCUGGAUGGUUCUGGUUUGGCUGCUACUGUCUGGAUAGUUCUGGUCUGGAUGGUUCUGGUUCGGCUGCUACUGUCUGGAUAGUUCUGGUCUGGAUGGUUCUGGUUCGGCUGCUACUGUCUGGAUGGUUCUGGUUCGGCUGCUACUGUCUGGAUGGUUCUGGUGUGGCUGCUACUGUCUGGAUGGGUCUGGUCUGGAUGGUUCUGGUUCGGCUGCUACUGUCUGGAUGGUUCGGCUUCUACUGUCUGGAUGGUUCUGGUGUGGCUGCUACUGUCUGGAUGGGUCUGGUGUGGUUGCUACUGUCUGGAUGGUUCUGGUCUGGAUGGUUCUGGUUUGGCUGCUACUGUCUGGAUUGUUCUGGUGUGGCUGCUACUGUCUGGAUGGUUCUGGUGUGGAUGGUUCUGGUUCGGCUGCUACUGUCUGGAUGGUUCUGGUGUGGCUGCUACUGUCUGGAUGGUUCUGGUGUGGAUGGUUCUGGUUCGGCUGCUACUGUCUGGAUGGUUCUGGUGUGGCUGCAGCAGUCUGCCAGGCUGGUGCAGUUGGUCAUCUGACACUGGUUAUUACAUCAUCACUGUCUCUAGUGAACCAGUCUGGAACUGUGUUUUGGCCACAUGAACAAUCACACACAGACAUGGGCACCUAAUAUGUACCCAUCUCUAUAUAUACACGUUUUAGAGUUUUAAACUGACAUAACGGACCUGUUUUAAACUGACAUAACGGACCUGUUUUAAACUGACAUAACGGACCUGUUUUAAACUGACAUAACAGACCUGUUUUAAACUGACAUAACGGACCUGUUUUAAACUGACAUAACGGACCUGUUUUAAACUGACAUAACGGACCUGUUUUAAACUGACAUAACGGACCUGUUUUAAACUGACAUAAUGGACCUGUUUUAAACUGACAUAACGGAUCUGUUUUAAACGGACCUGUUUUGAACGGACAUAACGGACCUGUUUUAAACGGACCUGUUUUGAACGGACAUAACGGACCUGUUUUAAACUGACAUAAUGGACCUGUUUUAAACUGACAUAACGGACCUGUUUUAAACGGACAUAACGGACCUGUUUUAAACGGACCUGUUUUAAACGGACCUGUUUUGAACGGACCUGUUUUAAACGGACCUGUUUUGAACGGACCUGUUUUAAACGGACCUGUUUUAAACGGACCUGUUUUAAACGGACCUGUUUUGAACGGACAUAACGGACCUGUUUUGAACGGACAUAACGGACCUGUUUUAAACUGACAUAACGGACCUGUUUUAAACGGACAUAACGGACCUGUUUUAAACGGACAUAACGGACCUGUUUUAAACGGACAUAACGGACCUGUUUUAAACGGACAUAACGGACCUGUUUUAAACGCACAUAACGGACCUGUUUUAAACAGACCUGUUUUAAACGGACAUAACGGACCUGUUUUAAACGGACCUGUUUUAAACGGACAUAACGGACCUGUUUUAAACGGACCUGUUUUAAACGGACCUGUUUUAAACGGACAUAACGGACCUGUUUUAAACGGACAUAACGGACCUGUUUUAAACGGACGUAACGGACCUGUUUUAAACGGACGUAACGGACCUGUUUUAAACGGACGUAACGGACCUGUUUUAAACGGACGUAACGGACCUGUUUUAAACGGACGUAACGGACCUGUUUUAAACGGACGUAACGGACCUGUUUUAAACGGACCUGUUUUAAACUGACGUAACGGACCUGUUUUAAACGGACCUGUUUUAAACGGACAUAACGGACCUGUUUUAAACGGACAUAACGGACCUGUUUUAAACGGACAUAACGGACCUGUUUUAAACGGACAUAACGGACCUGUUUUAAACGGACCUGUUUUAAACGGACCUGUUUUAAACGGACAUAACGGACCUGUUUUAAACGGACAUAAUGGACCUGUUUUAAACGGACAUAACGGACCUGUUUUAAACGGACAUAACGGACCUGUUUUAAACGGACCUGUUUUAAACGGACAUAACGGACCUGUUUUAAACGGACCUGUUUUAAACGGACAUAACGGACCUGUUUUAAACGGACCUGUUUUAAACGGACAUAACGGACCUGUUUUAAACGGACAUAACGGACCUGUUUUAAACGGACAUAACGGACCUGUUUUAAACGGACAUAACGGACCUGUUUUAAACGGACAUAACGGACCUGUUUUAAACGGACAUAACGGACCUGUUUUAAACGGACAUAACGGACCUGUUUUAAACGGACAUAACGGACCUGUUUUAAACUGACAUAACGGACCUGUUUUAAACUGACAUAACGGACCUGUUUUAAACUGACAUAACGGACCUGUUUUAAACUGACAUAACGGACCUGUUUUAAACUGACAUAACGGAUCUGUUUUAAACGGACCUGUUUUAAACGGACAUAACGGACCUGUUUUAAACUGACAUAACGGACCUGUUUUAAACGGACAUAACGGACCUGUUUUAAACGGACAUAACGGAUCUGUUUUAAACGGACCUGUUUUAAACGGACAUAACGGAUCUGUUUUAAACGGACCUGUUUUAAACGGACAUAACGGACCUGUUUUAAACGGACGUAACGGACCUGUUUUAAACGGACGUAACGGACCUGUUUUAAACGGACGUAACGGACCUGUUUUAAACUGACGUAACGGACCUGUUUUAAACGGACCUGUUUUAAACGGACCUGUUUUAAACGGACCUGUUUUAAACGGACAUAACGGACCUGUUUUAAACUGACAUAACGGACCUGUUUUAAACGGGCCACCUGUCCUGUCUGUCUGUUGUGUCGGUCUGUUUUAUCUUAACCACUUGCUAUGCUGUGUGUUGCUCUC